AUGGCGGCCUUCUACCCGUACAAUGACACCAGUCUCGACCAAGGCGAGAGGGACUACCUGAAGAAGCUGGCCGACUUCGCCGAGGAUCAGAACCUGGACGACGACUUGAGAGGAUAUGUUCGGGGCAUCACGGUCGCCUUUACGGCAUUCGCCGCCUUCAUCGUGGGCUUGAGGUUCCUGGCGCGUCACCUUCAGGCCGCGAGAUAUCUGAUCGACGAUUACUUGAUGCUGUUCGCUUUGGUCUUGCUGAUUGGGAAUAUGGCCAUGAACCUGCUUCUUGUUGAUCGUGGAAUCGGAUUGCAUUCCGGCCGGCUUACAUUACAGGAGAUUCAGUUUCUCGAUCGCACAAUGAUCGGCGCUGAGAUCCUGUACGUCAACGGCGUCAACAUGUACAAGAUUGCUCUUCUGUUCUUGUACCUGCGCAUCUUCCCCAUGCCCGAGGUCCGCAAAGGCGCAUGGAUAUGUGGCAGCUUGACCUCCCUUUGGACCUUUGCCUGCGUUAUCGCGGCAUCGAUCCAAUGCCUUCCUCUGAACACGCUGUGGGAACCUUGGAAGCCGGGAACGUGUAUCAACCUGUUCCUGACGCAGUUGUGCAUCGCCGUCCCGAGUAUUAUCGUCGACAUUGCGAUUCUUUACCUGCCAAUUCCUCACGUCCUCAAGCUGCAGAUGAACCGGGCUCAGCGCAUUCUGGUGUUGUUCACCUUCCUCCUGGGUAGCUACGUUGUUUUCACUAGCAUCUACCGGUUCCGAAUCUUCUUGUUGUACACCAAGGAUGAUGUGCCAUAUUCUCUUGCUCAGGGUCUGGCAUGGAACAUCAUCGAGAUCAGCAGUGGCAUUGUUUCGGCCUGCUUGCCAACUUUGGGUCCAAUUAUCCGGGUACUAUGGAAGGGUCUUCUCGAAUCUGCUCAUCGCAGCGGCCUUGACAAGUACGGUCGAUCAUCAGCAGCCAAAAAGUCAACAGGAAGGUCAGCGGGCAUGACCAUUGGUGGCGGACGAUCUGGAACGGCCUCACACGCCAGGGCUGCGUCUAAGGACUGGUCAAAGAUGCACGAAUCGCAAGGAGACAAGCCCGGUCUAAGAGAGGAAGCCAAGUACGGCAUCGGUCUCAAGACCAUGGGCGGCGACGAUGCCAGCAGCUCACAUAGCUCACGCGGGUCAAACGAGAUUGAACUCAUGCCUCAGAGUACUGUCAGCGUUACAGUGAAGAGCCCGGGAAGGUCAACGUUCCCUCAGAACGAACAGCCGCUCACGGCAAGAGAGCAUUAUCACGGAACAAAGCUGUCAAAGCGCAAGGAGGCGGGCUAUCCUCAUCACGACAACCGAAUCUGGCAACAUCGUGAAGUCGAGGUUACGACGGAGCCUGUUGAGCCGGAGUCGGUGUUGUCUGAGUCCAACAGGAAGAGCUUCCGGAAGUCGACCGGAUUAUGA